AUGAUUCCAACCCAAUGUUACUCUAUCCUACAUAUUGGGCUGCAAAAAAUAUCAAUGUACUUCUGGUUCAAAAGGGGCUCUCGAGUUGUAAAAGAGAAACCAAAUCUUCCAUGGACGGAACCGGGGGGCAAGGUUCCAAUUUGA